CAUCAGUGACACUUUGAUUGUGACAGUGUGUAUGUGUGUCUAACAUCGUGGGUGCUUCAUGCAACAUCGUACGAAAAAUUCUGACAAAAAAGUUAUAGCUUUAAAAAAUUAGUCGGCAUUAAAUAAAAUUGAUAAUUAUGACGAUCGUGACUCUUUUAAGUCGUAGUAUUAAUUUAACUCAAUUGUCAAAGCUGCAUCCGUGCAUUUAUGGACAAAAUGUGCGGUUUUGGGCGUCACAUGCUCAGUUUGCUGAACAUAAAUCACUGGAAAAACUCAGGAAUAUUGGUAUAUCAGCUCACAUUGAUUCUGGAAAAACUACCCUGACCGAACGUAUUUUAUAUUAUACCGGUAGAAUAUCCGAAAUGCAUGAAGUAAAAGGAAAAGAUAAUGUGGGCGCUACUAUGGACAGCAUGGAAUUGGAAAGACAGAGAGGAAUCACUAUUCAAUCUGCUGCAACAUAUACAUUAUGGAAUGAUCAUAACAUCAAUAUUAUCGAUACACCUGGACAUGUGGACUUUACAGUGGAAGUUGAAAGAGCUCUACGUGUUUUGGAUGGUGCUAUACUUGUUCUCUGUGCUGUGGGUGGUGUCCAAUCCCAGACCUUGACUGUAAAUCGACAGAUGAAAAGAUACAAUGUACCCUGUUUAGCAUUUAUCAAUAAGCUAGAUCGAAUGGGUGCAAAUCCAAAGAAAAUCUUACAGCAAAUGAGAACUAAAUUACAUCAUAAUGCUGCGUUUAUACAAUUACCAAUUGGCCUGGAAAGUAAUACAAAAGGAAUAGUUGAUAUAAUUUCUGAAAAAGCAAUUUACUUUGAAGGAGAUUUUGGGGAAGUUAUUAGAGAGGAUGAAAUUCCAAAGGAUAUGAAUGCAGAGGUGAAAGAAAAGAGGCAAGAAUUAAUUGAGCACUUGAGUAAUGUGGAUGAUACACUCGGUGAAUUAUAUCUAAAUGAUACAAAGUUAACUGAGAAAGAUAUUAUGAGUGCUAUACGUAGGAGUUGUUUGAAAAGAAAAUUCACACCUGUACUAGUUGGCACUGCAUUAAAGAAUAAAGGUGUUCAACCAUUAUUAGAUGCAGUAGUUAACUAUUUACCAAAUCCAGGAGAAGUAGAAAAUUAUGCUCUUCAAGAGCAAUCUGAUGGAGAAUAUACUAAAAUUAAACUGAAUUCUAAUCGUGAUGAUAAAAAUCCUUUUGUUGGAUUGGCGUUUAAAUUGGAGGCUGGUAGAUUCGGUCAAUUAACGUAUUUCCGUUGCUAUCAAGGAAUGUUAAAAAAAACAGAUACUGUAUAUAAUACAAGAACAAAAAGAAAGGUGAGAAUUCAAAGAUUAGUUCGACUUCAUUCAAAUCAAAUGGAGGAUGUGAAUGAAGUUUAUGCAGGAGAUAUUUUUGCUAUAUUUGGCAUAGAUUGUGCAUCUGGUGAUACUUUUGUCAAAGAUUCUAAAUUAGAAUUGUCAAUGGAAUCAAUUUAUGUUCCUGAUCCUGUGGUAUCUAUGUCCAUACAAACAAAGAAUUCGAAAGAUCGAGACAAUUUUGCUAAAGGUAUUAACCGAUUUACAAGGGAAGAUCCAACUUUGCGCUUCGCCUAUGAUAUCGAUAAUAAGGAAAGUAUAAUUUCUGGUAUGGGUGAAUUGCAUUUGGAAAUUUAUGCACAAAGAUUAGAACGUGAAUAUAAUUGCCCGAUCAUUCUUGGAAGACCAAAGGUUUCUUUCCGUGAAACUUUAUGUGAACCAUGCGAAUUUGAUUAUCUUCAUAAGAAACAAUCUGGUGGUGCUGGUCAAUAUGCUCGUGUGAUUGGAAUAAUGGAGCCUUUGCCAUCCCAUAAAAACACGAGUAUUGAAUUUUCGGACGAAACUAUAGGGACCAAUGUUCCAAAACAAUAUAUUCCGGGCGUAGAAAAAGGUUUCAAAGCUAUGUGUGAAAAAGGUAUACUAACUGGUCACAAAAUUGUUGGCGUUAAAUUCAGGAUAAAAGAUGGUGCGAACCAUUGCGUCGAUUCUUCUGAAUUCGCCUUCUUUCAAGCUGCUCAAGGUGCUGUCAGAAAUGUUUUUGACAGUGGUAGCUGGCGAGUUUUGGAACCGAUUAUGUUGGUCGAAAUAACAGGCCCUGAGGAAUUUCAGGGUACAGUAUUAGGACAAAUUAAUAAAAGAAGAGGAAUUAUAAAUUCAACGGAAGUGGAUGAAGGAUGGUUCACAGUCAUUGCAGAAGUACCACUUAAUGAAAUGUUUGGCUACGUUGGUGAGCUAAGAUCCACUACACAGGGUAAAGGAGAAUUUACUAUGGAAUAUGCAAGAUAUAGUCCUUGUGUACCAGAAAUACAAGAACAACUUAUUAGACAAUAUCAAGAAUCGCAGGGAAUUACAAUAGCUCAGAAAUCGAAAAAUUAACCAUAGAGCAUAAAGGUAAAUAAUUGUUUUUUUAGUGAAAAAAUGCGCGAUAUUAUCAUGAAUAUUACAAUUAUAUCAUGGCAAUAUUUACGUUUUAUACAACUGUUUAAUUUAUGUAAAUUGUUACAUUCUUAAAAAAAAUACUAAUGAUAAAUUAUAUAAUAAUAGAGCCUGAAUGCGAAUCGUAUGACAAAUGUGUACAGUGACAGUACGAAUGUAUUGAGCGGAUUAAUCUACGUCAGAAAUGUGUGAUAUAGAAAAUAGAAAAUAAAUACGUAGAAAGUAAUUUCUAUCUACCGAGAGAAACAUAUA